GGCGACUCGACAUGCCAAGUGCAGCCAAGCAUUACGACUUGCUACCCCCCCUUAAAGCUUCUCAUAGGACAACAUACUCUCACUGUCAUGACUCCCUCAGAAGACGAUGUUACUAACUUCCUCGCCUUCGCUCCAGAGGCGGGGGAGGGGAAAGCCUUCGUGUUCCUCGAGGGAGCGAAUACCUUAGAGGAAGCUGUCGGUCAAUUUUAUGAAAGCCCAAACAAAUACACACCCGCUCCACCUCCUAGCAUAUCGGAACCCGUGAAGAAAGCAAUGGAUGCUAAGACGCAAUCCUCCCCCCCUCAAUAUGCUCCUCCCCAAUAUGCCCCGCCUGCAAAUUUCAUGAGCAGACCGCGACAUCGGCCGCAUAUGAAUCCAGUCAUAGAAGCUGGGAUCCUGCGUGCUCGAGACGAGCAAGAGAUGCAGAAUGAGCUACAGAGAGUUCAGCUGCAAUACCGUAUCUACAAUAGUGAUAUUGAGCCAGAACACGAUACCGAAUACUAUUGUAGUUGCUCUAUUCACCAAUAUCAGCGCAUGAAAUGGAAUCGGCUCAGCGUCCAAGAGAUGUGGUGCAAAGCGGUCAUGUAUCCUGGUGAAAAAUUCUACCAUGACUGCUAUCAGACCGGGUUCUUCAAUAGCAAUCCAUAUAGAUACCGUGUAGUCUCACCUUUUGGCAAUAACCUUUCCGCCUUCACUGGCAUGCGUAAUGGCUUCGGCGCCUAUGGAAUGCCAGCUCCUCACCCACGGUACUAUACCCAGUCAGUUCAGCAAACCAUACAGCUGAAUGCGACUCUCAACGCGGAAGCACAAAGGGAUAUCGAUGCCAAGGAACCGAGAAUCAACAUUUGGGAAACUGACCAGCUAGAAUCAUCAAUGUCGAACAUGACCCUCGCUAGUGAUUCAUCGAGUCAAGUUGAUGAGAAGGGUCGCCAAGUUGAAAAGAGGUCUGCUGAGAAGCGACAAAGUAUCGCUGGUCCCUCCAAGAACGGCAACUCCGCGGCUUCCAAACCAUCUAAAUUUGCUGGCUUGAAGAAAGCUCUCGCCAUCAAGUCUCCCGAGGAAAGAGAGGCCGACAGACUAGCCAAAAUGCGUGCCCGUGGACGAGAGUUGCGAAACAUGAUCCUGUACGAAGAGAACGGGAGAUGGCCAGACCAAGAGUGGCGACAGAUUGUGGCAGCGUACCAGGAGAAAGUUGGCAUGACUAGGAAGAUAGCUCACCUUCGAGCCCGCCAGCCAACUCAGUAUCUGCACCUACUCCGUGCGGGAUACUUUGAACCCAUUCCAAUAGCUUGGGCAAAUCAAGCCUCCAACCCCCUGAAAUUUAGCAUUGAAGCAGCUGCUGGAUGGAGAGGAAUCACACCUGCAUGGAGAGGUUAUGAAGAUACGGCCGAGGAACGUCUGUACUGGGUCCUAAAUCAUAGAGAAGGAAGUAUUGGUGCGAGGAUGAAGCCGGACCUUAUCUCUGCGAUGAAUAUGGCACGUGCCAGGAUGGCUUCUGCGGUUGAGCCGCCUCCCAUUUAUUACUCCCCCAAUGAUGUCUGUCAUGUUCAGCAUACCUCUGAGGGCUACUCGAAGCAGGUCAUGCCCGCCCCUUUCAGACCGUUCGAUGCACCGGAGGUGCCUACAGAUGACACCAUGAUCCUACUGGAUGUUUCUGGGUCAAUGGAUUUUGACCCUGUUCGACCGAACUAUAACGAGUAUCUGAUCACAGGGUAUUCCAGGUCUACUCAGCCGAAGAAUAAGGACAUCGCCAAGGCGGUCAUCCGUCGCUUCACGGACGCAAUGGCCAACCACGAUCACAACUUCCAAGGAUACCAACUCACCACAUUCUCGAGUCAGGCAAAUUACAUCGGCGUUGUAAACCACCAGAAUAUUGAUUCGAUGUGGAGGAAUGUUAAGCUUGGGGGAGGAACAAGAGUCAUGACUGGCUGGCAGAAAGUCAAGGACCUGCAUUUCCAAAAGCAUUCCGAAUCAGCAUCGCAUCACCCGGUCUACGGAUGGCAAGCAGGUCCCCAAACUCCGAUGCUCAGAUUGCUUCUGUUGCUGGACGGCGAAGCCACCGACAUGGACGAGUUCGAACUCGAUCUCCUCGGCCUUUCAUGGGUCCACGUCACCAUCUUCCUCAUUGGUGUCGACGGAUGCCCCCACCACCAUCGCCACGCCAAUGAGCUGCAGAGAAUCAGCGAAGUCAAUCACCAUGUCGCCUUUGUCGAUGCACAAGGCAACACUCCCGAACGAUUCGUGACCCACGAGCUGCUCAAGCGGCAUCUCGGCUAUAACGUCUCGAUGGCUGAGUUCGAGGAGCUCGAGCAACCUCCUCCCUAUUCGGAGUGAACACCCGAUGUUUCCUGACCGCUUAGGAUACGAUGCCAUGAUGUAUGAUCUGCUUUUCUUAUCUGGGGUUGGAUACCAUCUUCUCGUUCGUUUCAUUGGAAGGCAUAAUAUUCGGACUUCACGUUGCGACCAAAGAAGCCCUUCCCUUUAGUCGGGAAAAGCGAGUUGUCCCACAACUUUGUAUUCGAUUUCACACUAAAAAAUUUCGCGAGGAAUACCAAAACUCAACGGACGCGAUUUUUCGUGAGCGUCCCUCCCACGACUUUUGUAAUAAUUAUAACUUUUAAGCACGAGCCUAAAUAUUAAAUCUGAAAUAUAAUUGCUAAUUAACGU